AUGUGCCAACGUUAUGUAGCAGAUACUGGUAGGCAAAUAGCAUCGAGUGAUUGCUCGCAAAGACUGGUAGCUCUGAUCUUUUCUGAUGAUAAUGUGAAGGCUAAAAACCUUAUAGUUCAAUUGUGCCAAGGAUCAAGUGAUAUCCGUGAUAGGUUGAGCGAAUCUAAUUUGAUCACCCGCUUAGUAGACGAAGCUAGAACUAGUACGAACGACACGCAACUGCAUUCUACGCUUCUAUCAACGUUUGCGCAAGAUGCUUGGGGUAGAGCAACACUACGAAAGAUUGGAGCAUUAGAUCUGCUUGUUGAACGAUUUUCGAAGUCUGAAGACGAUAUCGAGCGCUUGUCAAUAGUUCAAUCGCUCAAGCAUUUCAUACAUGACACAGCAGGUAUGGCACAUUUGGCUCGUAGUUGCCUUUUCCUAGAAACUAUUAUUCGUGAUGUGCAACUGUUUGUGAAUGAACACAAGCUGCUCUGUGAGCACAAGCAAAAGUCGGAAGAUGAUUACUAUAGACCAAACAGUCCCUUAUUAAUGGAAAUAGAAUCUAGUAUGAGACGUCAAAGCGCUGAGAAUUCAGAACCAAGCGUUCUGCACAAAACGUUUUACUAUGCGCCACCUGAUUCGUUCUCACCUUUGUCUUCCCCUCCGUACAGCACCCCUUCAACAGAGAGGGCUUCUCCGGUUAACUCAACUUCUACAAGCCCUGAGCUUAGCUAUCUUGCAACCACCAUGGUCGAUACGAUUUCUUCGCUUGGUGAUAAGCAGGUUAAAGAAAUAGAUGUAGUAAAACAGAAAAAACACAUAAUCGAUACUGAACUCUGGUUAAUAACUUGGCAAGCACAAGAAGAUACUAACAUAGCUUAUCUCAUCCGUGAGGACCUAGUCAUUGAGAUAAUUCGUUAUUUAUCGCUAAUAGCAAAAGCUGAUUUUCGGGCAAGUAGAGCUUUAAAACGUAUGGCGUCUUCGAGAAGUUCUAUAGACACAUUACUGGAAAUGCAGUUUCAUAUCCGGGUUUAUAAAGCUUUAUGUGAUGUCCCUUGUAGAACUUUGAGAUUCAGUGCCCGAUGCAGCCGGUGUGAGAAAUGUAUAGAAUCAGGAAAAGAAAUUUUGAAGGAAUUUAGCUGCCACGUUGAUAGUGGCUACGGCGAUUCAUUCUUGGCUAGAAGAAUAAAAAGUGAGAAUUUCUUGGAAAAACUACAAGCUUCUAUAGCUAAAGUCCUACUUCUGAAAGAUACAGCUGGGUCUCGAAGGAAAAACGCUUCGAAUAUUUAUUCCAUCGCUUUUAACACUUUAUUCUCGUGUUUGGAAGAAAUUCUGCGCAAAUCCGAAGGAUCUUGUGCUAUUGACCAUACAACAUAUGCGGAUGGGCCAACCAUCAUAUCUCAAAUAGUUUUUGCCGUCUCGGGUUUGAUUUCUAAUCGGAAAGCACGAGAAAUAUUGGAAAUCGAUGAACCGUACAGCCAUCCAGAAGUUGUUUCCUGUCAAAUAUCACAAUAUAACACAAUAACUGAUAACGAAACUGUUCCAGACGACAGGGUGGAACUACUAGUGUUCACAAAUGAAUCCAAUGAAGUUAUAGUUAAGAUACCCCUGGAGAGUGCCUGUAAAAACAGUGAUUACUUCCAAGGCAUGUUUUCUAGUAAUCUGGCAGAGAAGACUUCUAAUAGAAGGACUUUCCAAUUCAAUUCUGCUGCUGAAAACUGUGCAGACGAUGACUUCGUGAGAUUCAUUCAUUUCCUAGCUGGAUGCCGUGAUAAAUGCUCACAAAUCGACUCAGCGUCAUGUUGCAAAGCCCUUAUUAAUCUGGCAGAUCGGUAUAUUUGCACUGCUUUAAGUGAAUGGAUCUGCACUCCACAUGGGCCUGCUAUGAAAUUCUUAACUGGAGAAAUUCUGCCAGUUGUCCUCUUUCUAUCAUUAUUGACUGAAAUGUAUCCCAGAUUACUGAACAAAUGUUUCUUAACACUAGUACGAUAUUGCUCAGCAGAGGACUUACAAGAAACUUGCGACAUGAUUUCUUCGUCACCCGUUAUAACAACUUUAUUCAUCAAAGGAUUCAGGGAGUUUUUAGGAGAAUAA